GAGGUUCGUGGGACACAAGCUACCGCCAUGCCUCGGCUUUAUCACACCAAAUCCAAGACUGGCUGCGCUCGGUGUAGAGCUCGCCGUGUCAAGUGCGAUGAAGCCAAACCCAAUUGCGGCUGUUGUACCCGUCACAAAGUUGAAUGCUUUUACGACAGAGCAAACCGCUCCGAGUCGUCGACGCCAGCCAUUACCAAGAUUAUUGAUCCAGGGCUGCACCAAGCAGGGACAGCGUCGACACAAGCCGCAGCCAGCAACGAUGUGCAUACUGAGGAGUCAAUGCCAUUAUUGUCAGCAGAAAGCCGUGACCGUCGCCGACUAGAACUCCGACUGCUUCACAUGUGGACCACCGAAGUCUGCCAAACGCUUCCAGGCAGCUAUGACCCUCAGAAUCUCAAAAUUUGGUCUAGUGAUGUCCCCAAGCUUGCUCUUGACUAUGAACCUCUACUCACCGCCAUCUUCUCCAUCUCCCUCCUGUACAUGGCCUUCAGCAACUCUCAGAUUGGUAGUACAGAGGGUGAGCUAUUCGCACACAGAGCAAAAUACUUCGAGGCUACCCUAAGGCACCAUCGCAAGGCACUUGGCUCUAUGGACCAGCAUACCGCUGACGCAGCCGGAUUCACUUCCAUUAUCCUCGUAUUUGAUGCUUUCGCUAGCCUCCGAGAGCGUUGGAUCCAACCGGUCCAGCCCAGUAUGCCGUAUAAGCCACCUACAGAAUGGCUUCAGAUGUGUCAGGGAGUCAGGAAUGUUAUUGCGCUCGGACUUGACAUGGUCGGCGUAGGCUCUAAUUCUUCUCUCAGUAUCAUAGCCAAGGGGGCUACCGAUUUCUUCAAACCAGAGAUUAUCUCUUCGGAAGCCAAUCGUGCGCGAUUCGCUCACUUGCUGCCUGCCGACACCGAUAAGAUUGAGGAUGACGCUGAUAAUGAGGCGUAUACAACCGCGGUUGCGUACAUCGGGUCGAUCGCGGCGGCAAGGGAAGCUGAAGAAAUGCCGUUGAAAAUUGCUCGGAGGCUUGCAAUUUUCCCCAUCAUCCUACCUAGCCGUUUUCUUACCCUGCUUGAUAUGCUCAGCCCACGCGCCAUGGUUAUCCUCGCACACUAUUUCGCCUUGGUAUAUACCAUCGAUGGGCUGUGGUGGACAGGCAACUGCCCAGAAAAGGAGAUUGAAGCCAUCAAGGCUAAUCUCAGCAGCGAAUGGCAUGACAUGAUGGAGUGGCCACUGCGAGUACUUCAUGAUCAUAGUCAACCAUCCGCUAUGAGCUGCGACGAGGGAUGA